CCGGGCUUCUCUCCGGGCCCUUUUCCUUGAGCCUGAAUUAGGUACAUCAGCUGUGACUUGUACCGUCAUCAACCUUAUAUAGAUCCCUCUGGCCCCCCGUGUCUCUCUGUCAAAUUGCUUCACUGAUUUGCAAUUCUUGGCUUUUUCCUAUUCUGAUCUUGAUUUACUUGACCGAUUCAUAAACAUUUGACUAUCCCGUUACUACGUCAUUAUCAUUGUCAUUCCCAUUAUCACUGUCAAUCUCACCUCGACCUUCAGUUAUACACCAAGCGACAGGCGUCAUUAGGGGCAACAAAAAUCUUGCGAAAGGGCUUCUCGAACAUAUAAAUAUUCCUAAAAGAUCGGCUUUGGCUCUCUCAAUUACUUCAUACGAAAAUGCUUUCCUACGAACCCACACCAAUGUCAAUCAAGACUCCCACAAAACCAACCAGCAUUACUUUGCCGCCCACCACUUCGUCACCAAUGACGGUAGCGCCUCCAUCUAUCAACUCUGCCACCCUCAAUGGCCACAAAGCCCAGGGACAACAACACAUCUGGCUGGUUACGGGCCCUGCCGGCUGUGGAAAGACAACAGUCGCUGGGUAUUUGGCUCAAUCAUUAGGCUUGCCCUAUAUUGAGGGCGAUUCGUUCCACCCUCCAGCCAAUAUCGAUAAGAUGCGAAAUGGUAUUCCCCUGACUGAUGCCGAUCGAUGGGAUUGGCUCACAGCUUUACGGGAAGAAUCCAUCAAGAGAUUGAAUUCCGGAUCCAAUGGAGUCGUCCUUACUUGCUCGGCUCUCAAGCGCAAGUAUCGCGAUGUCAUCCGCGUUGCUGGAUACUACGAUCACCGCAUUCAGAUCCACUUCGUUUUCCUCGACGCUUCUGAGGAGCUUCUUCUCGCUCGUGUCGCCCAACGACAAAACCACUACAUGGGUGCCAACAUGGUCCAUAGCCAAUUCGAGACCCUUGAGCGACCUCUGGCUGAUGAAAAGGACGUUAUCACCAUCGAUGUCAGCCGGCCCAUAGAAGAGGUGGAGCGAGAAGCUCUCAGCAACGUGUUGGAAACAAUCACCAAAUCUCAAGACAAGCCAUGAUCGUUAGACGGCCUCGAAAAAUAUCGUUUUACGUUCACACAUUAUAUCAUUGGGUACAUGUUUACCGGCUUCAUCAUCCA